AUGAAUGUUGAAGACAAAAACUCGGACUUGAGUAUAAAUGUAAAUCGAGGGAAAACACAGUCUUACUCCGAAGAUGUUUUCCAAGCUGAAGCUGGUGAAGAAAAACAUUUGGCUUAUCUCGAUGAAGAUAAAAAGCUCCAUAAAGAUUUAAAAGCACGUCAUAUUACCAUGAUCGCCAUUGGUG